UUAACCUGCGGGAAGUGAAGAUGUGUGCUGAUGUAGAGCUCCCAAUCAUCGCUGAUAAGCUGGAGGGCUACUCUGGUGCCGAUAUCACCAACGUUUGCAGGGAUGCAUCCAUGAUGGCCAUGAGACGGCGCAUCCAGGGCCUCACCCCCGAGGAGAUACGAAAUCUGGACAAGAACGACCUUGAGAUGCCGACAACGAUGGCCGACUUUAAACUGGCAUUAACAAAGGUCUCCAAGUCGGUAUCAAAGGACGACCUUGAGAAACACGAAAAGUGGAUGAAGGAGUUUGGGGCAUCUUGAGUCAGGUGUACUUGCAAUGAUUCCUUCAAUGGUGCGUGAUGAGUCUAGGGCAACUAUACAACGGUAGUCAGAGUGGUGACAGUGGAUUGUCCUGACAUCCGGUUAGUGAAAUUUAGGUGCAUUUUGGUAAUUUACUGUCUUUUAGGUAAUAGUUGCAACUAAAUAUAAAUUGAUAUUUAUUGAUGGACUGUCAUUAGUUAUAUCAGUAAGUACUCACCUCACUGAGCAAGUAAUAAUGAGGCCAGAAGGUUGUCACUGUAUCUAUUUAACACUGUUGCCCUGCACUAGGUAUCAAACGAGUGAGAAGUAACACACCGUACUUCCUGGUGUAAUAACUCGGAAUAUUUAUAAUGUAUUAUGACACCGGUCUCUAUGCACUUCAUCUCAUUGUAUUUUUGUAACUGCAUUAAUUUAUUUCUAAUGCAAGGGACGAAGAAUUAGUUGAACUCGAAUUGUGGCGACUGUAUCGUGUGCAGGCGUAACUCAUGCAUACAUAGCAUGUCCUAGUAAACAUUCACAGCACACACGCCCACAUGUAUGUACAUGUCUUGAUGAAGUCAGCAGUGAAUAAAAACACAUUUGUUUUUAUUCACUCCUGAUUAAAUGAACCCUGCUCAAAAUAAGUAAGCUUACCUGCCAUACUUGUGGUCAGAGCUUGAUUCGGUGACAACCUGUGCUUAUAUAUGUGUUAUUAUACUGGUACGCAAUAAGUACCCAUGUUGUUAUGUUAUGCAGUCCUAAAAAUGUUUAUCAAAUGUAUGAAAAUGAGUUAUUCAUUAGAUCACACGAAUUUAUCCUUCUGUACUAUAUAACUUAAGGUAAAUCUUCUUAAAACUACUCCCGUACUAGAACCCCCUAGUUUGUAUGCCCUGCUCUGUAGGCUCGACUUAAAACAACUAUGGCUUAAACUUCCAGUUAUAAACAGCAAUAACUGCCACCUAGGUAUCCGUGUAAAUCGUCUUUGCAACCUGCAGCCUGUCAGAGCUUUUGUCUAGUUUUUUUUAUAUAGGGAAAACUUCAUAUAAAGUUUAAUAUCAGUCAUGUGAAUAAAGUGAUAUGGUUAAAGCAUCGAGACUACAAGGAGAGCCUGUGUAUCCAAUUCUCGACUAUGUAAAAUGAAACGAGUAAUCUAUUUGUUACUCAUGGUACACUUCUGAAUUGCUAGACACAAACAUUAAACAGCAGAUUUUAUUACAAACGUACCUUAAACAGUAGCUUUAUUUACACAUUGUACAUUUUUAUAUAAAUUUGAUUGUGAUAUUACUGAAUCAUUAAUUUCAUUGAUUUCCAUACUUUGUAAAUUAAAACACAUACAUUAUUAAGAACAGUGAUGCUGACGUAAACUAAACAGCAUGCAAACAUAACAUAAUCUGCUGCAUUCACAAGAAUCACCGUUCUUUAUUCAAAAAGAAUGCAGUAGCAAUAAACAAUAACAAUAUCUAGUUAUCCUAGGUUAACCAGUGUCAUUCAUAACAAUCAGACUAGUUUCCAGUAUAACCAGGUUGCACGUGAAAACAGAUCUUGCUCAUAGACCCUGUCACAAGCUCUGUCCUCUUCACAGCUAAAGCUUCAGGUGUGGAAUAGUAAAUACAGUUACAAGUGAAUACUCGUGAGCAAUAUGUGCAGAUGCAAGAAAAUUCACGUGCAUUUACACACACAUUGUCAUUUCAAUGUGAAUACGUGCUGAAACGACAGCACGGAAUGUGCCCUAACAAUGAAUUCUACAAUUUCCUUGCACGUACCGGCCCAAGUUUGCUUUCUUAGUGAAGAAUAGUCACGUUUCCUCAAUUAGAAAAGUGAUCACGCGAUAUUGCUCGCUCCAUCCAACCAGACCAAUUUCCUAGGUAAAAGUAUCUGCUCGUAUUCAAUAUCCCCAUCUGUGUUCAUAUCAAAUUCAAUUCAACCAUAGAAAAAUAUAGAAAUCCUCGUCACGAACGCCACAAUGUCAGGGAUGAAUCUCUCCAUAUCUAGUUAUUAUCAAAGGAAGGCAAGCGGAUAGUAACAACAAGUAACAGAGGAAACAGUUCACUGGUCUACAUUGCUGGGCACCUCGAUUUAGUUCGUACACGUGUAAGAGCUGGGUGGAUUCACGACUACAUCUUAUUGCUUACAUAGAAGUGAGUAAAGUAAGUAAUGUGUAAACAGUAGUACACGACAUAACGAGUAAACGACUUGGAACCUGCACAAGCUGAAGCUAUGUAACUUAUGCAUACACGUAUUCACAUGAUUUUUACGUGCAAGUUAAUUAAGAAUCGGUGCUGAUCACAUGUCGACCGACUUACGCUUUACAGACGUGUGGGAAGGCAAUUCAGUGUAAGGCAUAAGCAACAGAUACAUGCCCUGUGCCAUUCGGUGGGGGUCAAACACAAAGGUCGCGCAGGUGCAACGUCAAGGUUUUGCGUUCAUGGUAUUAUUGCCCAAUAUACAGAACGAGAUAAACAUUAAGCUCCUUGAUAGCACUAAUAUUAUUACGGUUACAUUCGAGUUUUCAAUUGAGAGAUUAAAUAUAUAGAAUUUACAGGCGAGCUUGCGCAGACAUUCAUUCACUAGCGCGCACUUGCACGCGGAUCCGCGUGGCUAUGACAUGCAGCUUUAUUAUAGUAACCACUAUUAGAUUACGCUUGAUAUUGUUUGGAUGACACAAAUAGCAAUCCUACAUAUCCGUUUGCAACGUCCGAAUUUCCAUUUGCGAUGCCUAUGAUCGGAACCUACAGGAUGACAUUUGUGGGGAAUGUGCUUCGAGGAGAGGUAGAACAGGGUGAGAUAAAUAUAACACUGCAGCUGGACUCCAUAACGUCACCCCAAGGGGCGCUACACGAUAAUGCUUCUGCGACAUGUCGGAGAUAAUUAAGGAGCGCACGCACACAGA